UGUUUGUAUCCAUUGAGGAGCUCCCUCGCGCUGGGGGUGUGCGAAGGCUGGGACUGGGGGACACUGAGCGAAUUGCGGCUUUCACAAUCCUCGGAGAGAGGCUCCCGGGUGGAUUUGAGGUGUGCAGCCUUGGAGGGAGGGAUUAGGAGCCCCUGGACUUCUUUCUUCCUCCCUUCUCAGUAGCUCGGAGUCCGAAUUCAUUGGAUCUCAUUCACUGGGGAGGAACCAAACUGUCUGGGCAACUCCGUUCGCAGAGAUCCAUAGACACCGCGAGCGGCUGCAGCUCCGCCCGGAGGACCGCGGGCGUCCCUUCGGUCUCGCUUUCUCCACCCGCGGGAACGGCGAGGCGGAACCGAACUCCGCUCCUGAAGCGGCGGCUUCGCGCGGGCGCUCGGCCUAUGCCUGCCCCGAGGGGCGUCUGCUAGGCACCCCGCCUUCGUCCGCAGCUCGACCCCCAUGAUAGAUACGCUCAGACCCGCGCCCUUCGCGUCCGACAUGGCGAUCAGCAAGACGGUGGCGUGGCUCAACGAGCAGCUGGAGCUGGGCAACGAGCGGUUGCUGCUGAUGGACUGCCGGCCGCAGGAGCUCUACGAGUCGUCUCACAUCGAGACGGCCAUCAACGUGGCCAUCCCGGGCAUCAUGCUCCGGCGCCUGCAGAAGGGCAACCUGCCCGUGCGCGCGCUCUUCACGAGCGGCGAGGACCGCGACCGCUUCACCCGGCGCUGUGGCACCGACACCGUGGUGCUCUACGACGAGAGCAGCAGCGACUGGAACGAGAACACUGGCGGCGAGUCGGUGCUCGGGCUGCUGCUCAAGAAGCUGAAGGACGAGGGCUGCCGGGCGUUCUACCUGGAAGGUGGCUUCAGUAAGUUCCAAGCCGAGUUCGCCCUGCACUGCGAGACCAAUCUAGACGGCUCGUGUAGCAGCAGCUCACCGCCCUUGCCGGUGCUGGGACUCGGAGGCCUGCGGAUCAGCUCCGAUUCCUCCUCGGACAUUGAGUCUGACCUUGAUCGAGACCCCAAUAGUGCCACAGAUUCGGACGGCAGCCCGCUGACCAACAGCCAGCCUUCCUUCCCCGUGGAGAUCUUACCCUUCCUGUACCUGGGCUGUGCCAAGGACUCCACCAACCUGGACGUGUUGGAGGAGUUCGGCAUCAAGUACAUCUUGAAUGUCACCCCCAAUUUACCGAAUCUCUUUGAGAACGCAGGAGAGUUUAAAUACAAGCAGAUACCCAUCUCGGACCACUGGAGCCAAAACCUGUCCCAGUUUUUCCCUGAGGCCAUUUCUUUCAUAGAUGAAGCCCGGGGCAAAAACUGCGGUGUCUUGGUGCAUUGCUUGGCUGGCAUCAGCCGCUCGGUCACCGUGACUGUGGCUUACCUUAUGCAGAAGCUCAAUCUGUCAAUGAACGAUGCUUAUGACAUUGUCAAGAUGAAGAAAUCCAACAUCUCCCCCAAUUUCAACUUCAUGGGCCAGUUGCUGGACUUCGAGAGGACGCUGGGACUGAGCAGCCCCUGUGACAACCGGGUCCCAGCACAGCAGCUCUAUUUCACCACCCCCUCUAACCAGAACGUCUACCAGGUGGACUCCCUGCAAUCCACGUGAAAGCCCCCCCCCCCCUCACUGGGAUGUGGCCGUUCCUUCUGCAGUUACCCUUGGCAGCAUUAACUGGGCUGCUUUGUUUGUGUGUGGCCCCCCGUGUCAACAUGACACCAGCUGCCUGUAUUAGACAAGGUUACCAAGUAUGGAAUUAGUUAUUAUGAAGGGAUAGCUUUGCUCCAUUCCCUCUGGAAGAACAGAGUUCCCUAUAGAUACAGGCAGUACCUUUGCUCCGUAGCCAGGUGUACAUCCUACCCACGCAGGGACUGGAAUUCAAGGACUUCCAGGUUUAUCGGGUAGGACCAAGUGGUGUAGGGUCGGAGUCCGGUUCUUAGGGCCUUGUUUCCUUUGCCCCUGGAACUAUUACUGUCUUCAGUGAAGACCAAUUCAAUUUUUUGCAUAUAGAGGAGCCAAAGACAGGUUUCAGCUCUGUAUUUGUAGAAUCAAUUUGCAAAACAAAAUCUGAUACUACACUUGAUGACUGUAAAUAUUUGAUCUUUAAAUCACUUGACGGUGUUUGUGUGAAUUGUUUUGUUUUUUCUUUGAUGGGUUUGUAAUUGUCCAAAGGAAGAAAGUAAAGUAUGCCACUUCUUAAAAACAAAGUAUUUGCUCUUUUCUACUUGAAUUGAGUAUCUCUGCAGCAUGCUCAGUUUUACUGUACCAACUUUGAAUGACCUUUUCAUGGACAAUAUUCACUAACACCUUGUUCUGGUGCAGUCCCUAGUCUUCAUGUGUCUUCCUUGUGAUUCUUUGCCCCCCAACCUCCCUGCCCCCGCCCCCAUUGAGUGUGACUAUGCCUUAUCUUUGUAAAUAGUUUGACUUCUGUUGUCUCAAAGGGGAACUCUUGGAAAGACACCAAAAUCAUGGGCUCACUUUUGUUUUUUUAAACUUCGGCUGUGCUAAACACCCUUUGACCUCUGUCCAAAAUGCUUCAGGGAGCGUCACCUCAAAUGCAAUACUUUGAGUUGGUUUCUUUCCUUUUUAAAAAAAGAAAUUUGUAUAAAACUGGAAGUGUGUGUGUGAGCAUGGGUACCCACUUGAUAGUGUCAUGCAAAUGAUUGUGAAGAAGGGAGAAGUAAAUUGCUCCAUUAUGUUCAUGGUGUAGAGUUUUGAGCUGGAAUUUAUUAUGAAUGUAAAACCUUAAAUUAUUAAUAAAUAACUAUUUUGGCUAUCAAA